AUAAUGGCAGGGAGUUGGAAAGGACCGGCGAUUGGAAUCGAUCUGGGUACAACCUACUCAUGUGUUGGAGUUUGGCAGCACGACCAUGUCGAAAUCAUUGUCAAUGAUCAGGGCAACAGAACCACUCCUUCUUACGUUUCAUUCACUGAAACAGAGCGAUUGAUCGGCGACGGGGCUAAGAAUCAGGCAGCUAUGAACCCAAUGAACACUGUUUUUGAUGCAAAGAGAUUGAUUGGUAGGAAGUUUAGUGAUCCGUUAGUGCAAAGUGACGCCAAAUACUGGCCGUUCAAGGUGGUUUCUGGGCCAGAAGACAAACCAAUGAUCGUUGUCAGCUUCAAAGGUGAGGAGAAGCAGUUCUAUGCAGAGGAAAUAUCUUCCAUGGUUUUAAUCAAGAUGAAGGAGGUCGCUGAGACCUUUUUGGGAACAGAGGUGAAAAAUGCUGUCAUUACAGUGCCGGCUUACUUCAAUGAUUCCCAAAGACAAGCCACCAAAGACGCUGGUGUAAUUUCUGGUCUGAACGUGAUGCGUAUCAUCAUUGAGCCAACUGCUGCUGCCAUUGCCUAUGGUCUAAACAAUAGAGCAAACAGCGUGGGAAAAAAGAACGUCCUCAUUUUCGAUUUCGGUGGAGGAACAUUUGAUGUCUCUGUCUUGACCAUUGAUGGGUCUGUCUUUGAUGUGAAGGCCACUGCUGGUGAUACCCAUUUGGGAGGAGAGGACUUUGACAACAGAAUGCUGAAUCAUUUUGUGCAGGAAUUCAAGCGCAAGAACAACAAGGAUAUAAGCGGAAACGCCCGUGCCUUGAGGAGACUGAGGACUGCUUGCGAGAGAACGAAGAGGACUCUUUCUUAUACUGUCCAGACUAUGAUAGAGAUUGAUUCUCUCUUUGAGGGCGUUGACUUUAAUUUUAAUAUAACCCGAGCCCAAUUUGAGGAGAUGAACAUGGAUCUAUUCAUGAAGUGUAUGGAAACUGUUAAGAAAUGCUUAAUUGAUGCGAAGAUGGACAAGAGUUGCGUUGAUGAUGUUGUCCUGAUUGGUGGGUCUACUAGAAUUCCCAAAGUACAACAACUUCUUAAGGAUUUCUUUAAUGGCAAGGAAUUUUGCCAGAGUAUCAACCCUGAUGAAGCUGUCGCCUUUGGUGCUGCAGUUCAAGCUUCCAUUUUGUGUGGUGAGGAAACUCAGAAAAUUCAAGAUCUAGUACUUCUUGAUGUCACUCCUCUCUCACUUGGAGUUGAUACAAUUGGAGGCAUCAUGACAGUCGUGAUUCCUAGGAACACUACAAUUCCCCAAAAGGCGGAGAAAGGCUUGAUUACAAUCGUUGACAACCAAUUGUCUAUGAAUAUUAAAGUGUACGAGGGUGAGAGAUCGAUGACGGAAGACAAUAAUCUUCUUGGACAUUUUACCUUGUCCGGAAUUCCCCCGUUACCGAGGGGUGUUGGUGCAGUUACUGUAUGCUUCAACAUCGAUGCAGACGGGAUAUUAGACGUUUCAGCAAAGGUAAAUGCAACUGGUGUAGAGAAUAAGGUGAGAAUAAAGCAAGAAAAAGGGAGGUUAACGGCAAAAGAGAUAAAAAAGAUGGUACAAGAGGCGGAGAAAUACAGGUUGGAGGAUAUGGAGCACAAGAAGGGAGCUAUGGCCAGGAAUGCAUUGGAGUAUUAUGCUUACAAAAUGAGGAACAAUGUCAAGAAGAUGAUAUCACACUUGGCUUAUGGUGACAAGUUGAAGAUAGACAACGCAAUAGAAGAGGCAUUUGUAUGGCUGCAAAACAAUCAGCUUACUAAGAAAGCGGUUGUGUUUGAGGUCAAGCUUAAGGAGUUGGAAAGUGUAUGCAAUCCCAUCAUUUCCAAGGCUCAUGAUGCUGGUUUUGGGGGACCUUAG